AUGGACACUGCUGACGAAUCGACCAUAUCAACGACCGCACAGACAACGGGAAUUACAGACCCUACAACUACAACUACAGACCCUACAACUACAAUUACAGACCCUACAACUACAACUACAGAACCUACAACUACAGAACCUACAACUACAGACCCUACAACUACAACUACAGAACCUACAACUACAGAACCUACAACUACAACUACAGAACCUACAACUACAACUACAGAACCUACAACUACAGACCCUACAACUACAACUACAGAACCUACAACUAUAGACCCUACAACUACAACUACAGAACCUACAACUACAGAACCUACAACUACAGAACCUACAACUACAACUACAGAACCUACAACUACAACUAUAGACCCUACAACUACAACUACAUACCCUACAACUACAGAACCUACAACUACAGACCCUACAACUACAAUUACAGACCCUACAACUACAACUACAGAACCUACAACUACAGAACCUACAACUACAGACCCUACAACUACAACUACAGAACCUACAACCACCACUACCACUCCCACAACCACCACUACUACUCCCACAACCACCACUACCAAUCCCACAACCACCACUACUACACCUACAACCACCACUACCACUCCCAUUACCACCAUUACUACACCUACAACCACCACUACCACUCCCACAACCACCACUACUACACCUACAACCACCACUACCACUCCCACAACCACCACUAUUACACCUACAACCACCACUACCACUCCCACAACCACCACUACUACACCUACAACCACCACUACCACUCCAACAACCACCACUACUACACCUACAACCACCACUACCACACCCACAACCACCACUUCCACUCCCACAACCACCACUACCACUCCCACAACCACCACUACCACUCCCACAACCACCAUUAAUACACCUACAACCACCACUACCACUCCCACAACCACCACUACUACACCUACAACCACCACUACCACUCCCACAACCACCACUACUACACCUACAACCACCACUACCACUCCCACAACCACCACUACUACACCUACAACCACCACUACCACACCCACAACCACCACUUCCACUCCCACAACCACCACUACCACUCCCACAACCACCACUACCACUCCCACAACCACUACCACACCAACUACUACAACAACGACAGACAAUCCAGUCGCCUCAACAGUAUCCUCAGUAUUAACAAACAUUAAAAUACACUUUAACACAACAAUUACCACUACAUCUACACCACGUCCUGCUAUUACUACACAACAUACAACCAUCACCGCCUAUGCAACAACCUCUUCCACACCUACCAAUUUCACACCUACGAUCACCACUUCCAAGGCUACAACAAACCUUUCAACACUUAAAGCUAAAAACAAGACAUAG